GCGGUGCCUGUCACGGGACGAGCUUUGGGUAGCGGAGCUCGCGGCGCUGUGCUGUCCGCCGCGGAGACGCGCGGGGAGUCGCCCAGGUGGACUGGUCUCCCGCCCAGCUCCUAACCGUCCCCCACUGGGCUUUUGCAGGCGGUAAAUUGCGCGUUUUGCGGGAACUUAAAAUCUUCAGGUUGGAGCCCUGGUGGGGCAGUGGCUAAGAGCUACGGCUGCUAAGCAAAAGGUUGGCAGCUCGAAUCCACCGGCAGCUCGAAUCCACCAGCCGCUCCUUGGCAGCCUUACGGAGCAGUUUUACUCUGUCCUUUAGGGUCGCUAUGAGUCGGAAUCGACUGGAGGGCAGUGGGUUUUUUUUUUUUUUAAUUGAACCCUCAGGUUACUCCAGUAGAAAUAAGCUCUUCGCCAUCCCCUGAGUGGAACCCAUGCCCCCCCCCCCCCAUGGCACCUCGCUUGCGAAGUGGGGAAGCGAACAGCUCCCACCUGGAAGAGUUGGCGUGAGGAGUUAGUAUGCAUUAAGCACUCACCGUUUUAAUCUUUGCUUCAUAGACAUGUAGUUUAGUGCGUAAGCUCAGUCGCUCUGCCGACGCUCCGACGUUAAUUUGCUCACCCGGCCCCAGCACCCGGGCAGCUUCGAGGUGGAGGAAGAUCGUAGCCUGGGCCAGGGCAGUGACCGAUAAUCUUGGAGCCACCCUGGGCAACCACAACCCUGCCAGAGCUGCCCCUGUGACCACGAGGCCCGUCCACAAGGUGACACUUUGCAGGCAAAAGCAAGUUUCUCAAGGAGCAGUUGGAAGGGCCUGCGUGUUUGCUGGGCAGCAGCCCCACCAUGGCUGGGCUUCAGACCCCAGAGCCAUCGCUGGAUGUGCAGGGGGACGAGGAUGCCGGCGAUGGGCUCCAGUCCUCCCACCGCAUGCUGAGCUUCAGUGAUGCGCUGCUGUCCAUCAUUGCCACUGUCAUGAUCCUGCCUGUGACCCACACGAAGAUCUACCCGGAAGAGCAGUUUGACACAAGCAUGCGGAAGCUUCUAGCAACCAAAAUUGCUGUUUACCUGAUGACGUUUCUGCUCGUGACUGUGGCGUGGACGGCACACAUCAGACUGUUCCAGGUCAUUGGGAAAAUAGAUGAUAUACUUGCCUUGCUCAACUUGGCCUGCAUGAUGACCAUCACUUUCCUGCCCUACACAUUUUCCUUAAUGGUGACCUUCCCUGACGUGCCUCUGGGUAUCUUCUUGUUCUGUGCGUGCGUGAUCACUAUCGGGCUUGCUCAGGCGGUGAUUGUGGGGUAUGCAUUUCACUACCCGCACCUCCUGAACCAACAGAUCGCGUGCUCCGCCCACAAAGCCGCCUUCCGGCAGCACAUCCUGGGCCUCGUCCUCCGUGGUCCUGCCCUGUGCUUCGCUGCUGCCCUCUUCUCCCUGUUCUUCUUCCCUGUGUCUUACCUGCUGAUGGCGUUGGUCAUCUUCCUUCCCUACAUCAGCAAGGCCGCCAGCUGGUGCAAGGAUAGGAUCCUGGGCCCAGGGGAACCACCUGCCCAGAGCCUGGAGUUCUUCACUUUUGACCUGCAUGAGCCCCUCAGCAAGGAGCGCGUGGAGGCCUUCAGCGACGGCGUCUAUGCCAUCGUGGCCACCCUCCUCAUCUUGGACAUCUGCGAGGACAACGUCCCGGAGCCCAAGGACGUGGAGGAGCAGUUCCACGGCAGCCUCGUUGCAGCCCUGGGCGUCUUCGGGCCGCAAUUCCUGGCCUACUUCGGCUCCUUUGCCACGGUGGGCCUGCUCUGGUUCGCCCACCACUCGCUCUUCCUGCACGUGCGCAGGGCCACGCGGGCCAUGGGCCUGCUCAACACGCUGGCGCUGGCCUUCGUGGGCGGCCUGCCACUGGCCUACCAGCGGACAUCGGCGCUGGCGCAGCAGCCGCACGAGGAGCUCGAGAGCAUCCGCGUCAGCUGCGUUAUCAUCUUCUUCGCCAGCAUCUUCCAGUUCGCCACAUGGACCGCGGCCCUGCUGCACGAGCGGGAGGCCCUGCACCCGUCAGCUCGCUUCGGUGGCCAGGAGCACGCACUCAUGUUUGCCAAGCUGGCCCUCUACCCCUGUGCGAGCCUGCUGGCCUUCGCCUCCACCUGCUUCCUGCGCCGCUUCAGCACGGCCAUCUUCCACCUCAUGCAGGUCACCGUGCCCUUUGCCUUCCUGCUCCUGCGCCUGCUCCUGCGCCUGGCCUUUGCCGUCCUCUGGGCCCUCCGGGGCCUCAUCCGGCCAGUAGGCCCCCUGCCCAGUGACCAGGAUGCAGCCGACACACAGGCCCAGCUCCUCCCUGCUCCGUGUUAGUGGCCAAGGAGCACACCUCCCGGGCCCAGAUUAGGCCCUUCCCACCUGCCCGUUCUGUCCUGGACUCCUGCUCCAUGGGGCAAGCUGUGCUCCUGACCCUCUUUGCCACCCUCCCCUGUAUCCGCUCCUGCAGCCUGAGAGUGACAUGGAAGGACGGGACGGCUGGGCCAGGGGAGCUGAAUGUUGGGGACAGGCUGGCCAGUGGUCAGUCUGCUAUAUUCCAGAGGCUUCAACCUGUCCCUGAAUUUUUGCAGACAGGAGCGUCAAGGGAACCUCACUUUUGUUCUGUUGCAUUUAUGUAUCUGCUUUCCUCCUUGGCCAGAAGGCACGUCGCCAACACGAUUAUCUUGGUCUCUGACUAA